AUGACUACAGGGCAGCCCAUAAUUUUGAGGCCGGAUUUGAUCAGGAAGAGGCACGCCUAUUUAUCUGCCAUAGAGCAGGCACGAGCAAGCAACCAUUGUCUCAUCUAUAUGGAUGAGACAUGGGUGUUCGACUGUAUGUCGAAAAAAAGAAGCUGGGAAGACACCACAAUAGCUCGUUUCGCCCCUGCCGCCGUCCUACAAGAGUAUUCUUGUGGACGGGCUAUGACAAAAAACAAAGGCAAAAGGGCGAUAGUUAUUAGUGCCAUUAGCAGGGAGGGAAUCAUCCCUGAGUCUACAAAAAUCAUUAUCAGCGGGAUGAGGUCAGUAGAACAGGAUUAUCAUCGUGAUAUGAACCACGAGAUAUACGAAAAUUGGAUUCGCGAUACGAUCACGCAUAUGAAGAGAAUCGCUAACGGCCGCUGCGUAUCAUUAAUUGUUGAUAACGCCCCCUAUCACAGCCGCCAAGCACAAAAGCUGCCCUCACAGUCAUCCACAAAGGCUGAAAUAGCAAGCUACUUACGAUCGAAUGAUGUAGCAGUUGCGGAGAACAGCAAUAAAACCGAAUUGCUAGAAAAGCUCAAUGAAUUCAUGUCCAGCCGAGGAGGUCGAGACGGACUGCGCAAGUAUGUGGUGGACGGCAUCUGUGCUGAUCUAGAGGUAAGGAGAAGAGCGCUGGACUGGUUACGUGCUCUGCCGGCAUCACAAUGCGCACGGUGGAUGGACCAUGUCGUUGCAGAAGAAAACGCUGCAAGGCAGAAGAUAGUCAUAGACCGCGAGGCAUCGAUACAAGAAGAUUGGGGCUCUGACGUUUCCAUCUUAAGUGACGAGGAAAUCAGCGAUGCGGGCGAUGCAGAUGAACAAUGA